GAGAGGGUGAGAGGAGGAGGGGGUUACUCACAAAGAUGUUGCGUGAUUUUUUUGGAAAUUUAUUUAUUUAAAUAAAAAAAAUGGCCGCCGCAGAGAGCGGAGAGGAGAGACUAGGUGACGGAAAAGGGGAGGACCAGGAGGGUUCUAAAGAAGCAACCCAAAAACAGAAGAAGAGCAAAAAAGAGCUGGAACAGGAUGUGGGGAGAGUUGAGCCUGCCGUCGAAGAAGAAGAAGAGGAGGAGGAGGAGGUGGAGGAAGGGGAUGAUGGGCACAGAGCAGAGGCGGGUCAAUCCGAGCCCUCGGCCCCUGAGCCCGCAGCGGCCCUCGGCGCUCCGGAAGCUUCUUCCUCUGCCAAGCAGCGGCGAUCCAUCAUCCGGGACCGCGGGCCUUUGUAUGAUGACCCCUCGCUGCCUCAGGGCUGGACGCGCAAACUCAAACAGCGCAAGUCGGGACGAUCGGCCGGCAAAUUCGACGUCUACCUGAUCAACCCAGAAGGGAAAGCCUUCCGUUCCAAAGUGGAGCUUAUGGCGUACUUCCAAAAGGUGGGUGACACCACCACAGACCCCAAUGACUUUGACUUUACGGUGACGGGGCGCGGGAGCCCAUCACGCAGGGAGAAGAGACCGCCGAAGAAGCCCAAAGUGGCCAAGCCCACCGGCAGAGGGAGGGGCCGGCCGAAGGGCAGCGGAAAAGUACGGCAGACCACGGAGGGUGUAGCAGUGAAGCGCGUGGUUGAAAAGAGUCCGGGCAAACUCCUUGUCAAGAUGCCGUUCGUGGCUCCGAAAACAGAGACGGGAUCCCCCUCAGGGCAAGUCCCCGUCGUCAAGCAGCGGCCUGGACGAAAGAGGAAAGCGGAAAAAGAGCCGCCCAGCGCGCCAAAGAAACGCGGUAGGAAGCCGGCGGCCGCCUCUCAGUCUGCAGCGGGAGGGACCGGAUCGAGCGUGGCGUAUGCUGCCGCGGCCAUCGCAACGUCGGAGGCCAAGAAGAAAGCGCAGAAGGAACUGGCGGCCAAGCCAGUGCAGGAGAAGGCGCUUCCCAUCAAGAAGCGCAAGACACGGGAGACUAUGGAGGAAGCCGAAGGGUCUGCCACGACCACACCCGAGGCGCCGGGCGGCGUAGCAAAAAGGCCCGCUAGUCAAACGCCGCCCUCUACCGGCGCAGAGUCCGAAAUGGGACAGAAACUUCACAAGCACUCGAGCCGGAAGCAUAAGGAAGCAAUGGACUCCGGAAACGGCAGCAGCAGCGGACCCAAAGUCCACAAAAAAAGAGAUCAGCGCGAGCAACAACUGAAACACCUCCACCAUCACCAUCAUCACCACCAUCACCAACACCACCUGCCCCUGAUGGAGCCGUCCAUCUUCACCCCGCAGGCUCACCAGCUUUCCCUCGGCCACUCCAUGCACGGCGGUCCCCCGGUGGAGAACGAGCCCCAGGACUUGAGCACUUCCAGGUCGAGACAGGAGCCGCUAGCCUGCCGGGAGGAAGCCCGAACCGACAGUCACACAGUUAGAGACACUUCAGGCAAGAUGGCAGCGACGGAGUUGCGAACCCAGCAACAGCAGCAGCAGCAGCAGCAUGGCACUGUGACGGGGGACGGAAAGGAACUGAGAGACAUUGUUCCUCCUUCCGCCGUGCCCAGGCCGAGUCGAGAAGAAACAGUCGAGUCCAGGACGCCUGUGAGCGAACGCGUGAGCUGAAGGACGUGACUGACAUUCAGACAAACUGACCAAUCAGCAGCAACGGCUGUGUUCUCGCGCAGGAACAGAGGCACUCACAGAGGGAGGAGUUGUUUUGUUUUGUUUGUUUUCUAUGUUCGUUUGUUUGUUUUUUUUCUGUUUUUUUUAACAAGAAAUGAAAAAAAAAAAUCCAGAAAAAUGUAAAUGUACUUACAAAAGGCAGCUGUUGUGUCGGACGUUGUGAGUCGGAUGCAGAGCGAUGACAGAAUCGCAGGCGUGAAUGAAUUCUCAGAUUUCUUUUUCCUUUUGCCCAGUUUCAUUUUAUCCUUUUAGUUAUAUAUAUAUAUAUAUAUAUAUAGAUAAAUCAUAGGAACCACAUCUUUAUCGCUUCAUUAGAGCUUGUAGGAAAUAGCGAGACACCGAGAUAGUAAUGAAUGCACAAGUAACACUUCAGUGGGAAGCUGAUUUACAACUAACCGCUCCCCUGCCAGAACCAGACGCCUCACGAACGUGUUUAUAAAUAAGAGUUGAUUUGAUAGAAUCAUCCGCCUUUUUUUUCUUAUUCUUCGUAUGAUAGAAGGGACUGUGAGAAGAAGGCAGUCUGAAUAACUGCAUGAAGAAUGUCAGUUCUUUAUAAACGGAAAGACAGAAAAAAAAUGAAAUGCACUUGUUAUGCCAUCAAUCAUUUUUUUAAAACUCGAAUCAAAACUCGAGAGACAGUUUAUCGCAUGCAGAGAAGAUGGGUUUUCAAUUUACGUCCUUUUUUAUUUAGUAAGAAGACUGGUUAAGUCCUGAACGUGACCGCCUUUCUCUCAUUCUUGAGACGUAGAGAGGAACGUUUUGCCGCCGCGUAACACGGUUUAACCUCGCUAUCUGUUUCAGCGGUGCCAGAUAACAGACUUAAUACAGUUAGGUAAGAUUUUUUUAUUGUUAUUCAUUUAGAUAUUUUUUCAUCCUCUUUUUAAGCGGGGAAAGAAGGUCGAGCACAAGCGAAUGGGAACGAAGCACAGCCUAAAUAAGCAUGUGAAAAUCGAACAAAAACGGAAAUAAAAUUCCGAAGCAGUACGUUCUAAAACUUUUUUUUUUGUUGUUUCUUCUUCUUUCUUUUUUUUUUGUUCCCCCUUAUUUAACUUUCUAGCUUUUUUUUCCCCUCCUUCUGCAAACAUAAAGUGAAAUUGAAAACGGUGGCCUUGUGUUUUCCUGAACACAUCAGAGCUGGCGUGUGUUUGGAAACCUAGCCGCUGGUUUAUUUAUUUUUCCUCCUCGUCAUGGUGAAGAGAGCAAAUAGGGAAGUCGGCGCGGAGAGAGAACGCAGCACGCGCGAUAUAUUUGCUAGACUUCCUCUCACAAGACAGCUGCACGGGUUCGUACGGGACGUUUUUUUUUCCUUUCUUUCUUUCUCUUUUUCUUUCUUCUUUUCUCUUCCGACGUCAGUUAGAUCCGAAUCUUGAUGCUAGAGAAGAUAAUUGGAGGGAAAAACUUGACAAACUUCAGAAUCCCUGUUUUUUUGGGUUUUUUUUUCCCCGUCCUUGGUGUUUACACUUAAAAUGUCAUUACAGUGAUGAAACGUCUGGAAUUUCAGGAUGGCUUAACACAAAGCAAAAAAAAAAAAGAAACAAAUUAGAACAUUUUCACACAAGGUAUUCAUUCAUGUUUUUUAAGAAAUCCGCAAAAGAUAUAGUGUCAUGUAAUUUUUUUUUAUUUAAUUAAAUUUUUUUCAAGUUCGUCUUCGUAUCCUAGCUGAAAUGAGGUUGGAGAGAUAGCAGGGCUUCCCCCUGCUUUUCGAAGUCGCACAUGAAGUCACGCAUUUCUGUUUCAUGUCCGCUUUAUGUUCUUUUUCGAGCGUAGUGUAGUUUGCGGACACACAGCGGAUGUGAGGUAUAUCCUUCCUCAUUUCUUUCCUCUGAGCUGACUUUUUUUUUCUUCUACUUUUUUCUUUUUCUACCUUUUUCCUGCAAAGCCGUGAGGUACUGACACAAGAGAAGACGUGUCAAUAUGAUGAUGAUUGUAGUGAGGCGCUCAAAUGAUUUACAGAGACCACGCCUGACCAAAGGCUAAUCUCGUCUAUUUUAUUUAAAUGCAUAAUAAUGGCCAAUGAUGUACAAGUGGAGGCCGUUACCAGGAGUCGUUAACUCCCCUCAUCUGAAGCAGCGCUUUUACCGUAGCCGGGACGUUUAAAGGGUAAUAACUUACAGACAUCCCACUUUUUUUUCUUUUCUUUUUUUUUUUUUUUUAAUAAAAUACAAAUAAAAAAUUCUUUUUUAAAGGAAGGUUAAGAAGGAUUUAUAGUGAUCGAAGCGUUCGUUCCAGCGCUUUAGAUUCUGCAUCCGUGCUGACGAAGGUCAAAUCAGCUCUUCGUUUCCUGUUCAGUUUUAUCUCCUUUUUUUUUGGGUUGUAUUUUUUUAUUUUUAUUUUAUAUAUAUUUUUAAAAAUAUAUUUAAAGAACCACAUUGUAGCGUGAGCUCCUCACGAGUCAUUUUUAUGAAGUGUGCUUUAAGUAUAAGUGAGUGUUUUCAUUACCAGGGAUCUUAAAGAUGUUAGAAAACUUCCCUUUCUCUAGAUGACUGUGUGUAGCUCGAUUUCGAAUUUAACAAUCGCCAGACGACAUGACUUUUUUUUUUCUUUUCUUUUUUUUUCUUCCAUCAAAGGUCAACGUACAGAAAUGUUGCUCAACAGUCUUCGUCCCUUAGCCUCCUCUCGGCCUCGACCCUAGCCAGUGGGGAAGAGGACACAGAGAAACUAGAGCGCUUGUGCUCUAAAGAAAAGGGCUAUGAAAUAAAUCACAGAAUAAAAAAAUAAAUAAUUAUUUAAAAAUCAGAAAGAUUGAUUCGAAGGCAUCCAUCGUUGCGUUCGGACAUGGUUACCCGCUUGAGGUUCCGAUCACUGAGGUCCCAAGCAUUUUCAGAUCCCACUAGCUUUAUCUGUUCCAGCAGAUCACAACUUAAGGAAAAAAAAUUAAAA